AUGGAGGAAGAUUCAUUUUCCACCAGGACAAUUGUGACAUUACACCAGCAAGAAAAUUUGGCAUUAAAAUCGUUGCCUAACGAAAACAAUUUAUCAAAUGGUUUGUCGCCUCACACGCCGCCGAUUAUUAAAAAAGAAGAGGAGCCGGAUGAGAUAUUGGACACUGAAAUAACGACAAAGACACAUGUCGACCGAACGACGACGACGGCGACGACGACGACUGUGACGGCUGCUACACAAGACAACGAUAAGAGCUCGAGUGAUUCUGCGGCAUUAAUAAUAAAAGUUGAAAACGAGGAAUUGAGCGAUCGUGAUAAUGAUGAUGAUAAUAAUGAUAAUAAUGAGAGUAAAUGUGGCCGGACGUUGAGGCGGACUAAGGGUGCUAAAAGUUGUAGUAGCGGUAGUAGUAGUAGUGGUGGUGAUAAAACAAACGGUGAUGAUUCAACUUCCUCUAGGACUACUAACACUUUGCUCCGUCUGAGAGACAGGGGUGAUUCCAGGAUCCUCGAUAAUAGGGGAGACAGGGGGGACAGAGAGAGGACUAAACGCGAUAAAAGUGCGCAUAGUAGUGAUGAUGAUCAGCAGCAGCAGCAGCCGCAGCAGCCUCAACAUCACCAACGUGACUGUGGUAGAUUAAAAAAAAAAAGACGUCAAAGUAUUUUAUCUAUUGAUUAUAAUGAAGCUGACGACGAUGCGAUUGUUUUGACAAAUGGUGAAACAUUGCAAAGCGAUCCUGAAUAA